GCAUAUUCUUUGGUUUUGGACUCAAAGAUGCUUUAGCUUCAUUACCAACAGAAAGUUUGGGAAAAUGAAUAAACAUGUGUUUGUAUUUGGACUCUUUGACAAAUUCAGAGCCGUGAUAAAAAUAUUUUACUUUGUAGACAUAUGGGGCAGCUGCCUGCCUCAGGUGCACGUGAGCAAAUGGAAACUGCAAUUGCUUUGAAAGCAGACUUCUAGUUGUAUUCAGGUAAGUUCUCGGAAGCUCCUUCCAUAGCCUGAUGUGUUUUUUGAUAACUAAAACUAAGAGUUCAGCUUACUAUUGAUGGCUAAGCUGCUAUUUCUUGUUGUCAAGGGAAUUUGGUUCUCCAGUUCUCCUUUUGUAUAUAAAUCUUCUCUUGACUCCAGCCAAAAAGGGAAUGAUGGUAUUGAUCAAUUCCAUUCAUACACCAGCAAAGAACAUAAUCUUGGAUCCCCAUUUAUGUGUGUUCAAAGGCGGAUUUAAGAACAAUGGAGCAAUCCAUGUAGUCCACUUGUUGACCAUAGGCCUUGGGCCCUCUGGUCUGCUUGCAUUGGGUGGAAAUGUUUAACUUAAGAUUCAAAGCCUCUCUCUCUUUGGUCCAGGCCCCAAUUUUAAAACGUUAUGUUAAGGUUGCAAGUGAACCUAAUGGUCAAUAUUACAACGUUGUUUGAUCAAAUUUUCACAGCAAUGAUAUAAUCUGAUUCUUUCCUAUCAGUUUGACUUUCGGCAGAAUCUCAUUUAUUAUGAAAUUAUUUUAGACAUUAAAAAAAUUUUAAUUAAUUCAUACAUCUAUCACAUCUAACAGAUAUCAUCUAACAUAUAUGAAUUCAAAUUUCAACUAACUUUCUUUAAUUUUCAAACUGGGAUUUUUUUAUAAAAAAAUAAUCUAUCAUCAAGUCAUCAAGAUACAUGGAGAAGAACUCAAGCUUGGCCCAGCGGAGAUUGUCAAAAGCCCAAAGCAAAAAAUUUAGAGAUUGUCAAAGCCCAAGGCAUGAGGUUUUCCCACGGAAUAUCCGAUUGAAUUACUGGUUGGAUGAGUGAUAAAAUUUCUCUAUUUUCUUUUGGAAGUUUAUGGUGUAUGCAGUGGCAUAAUGGUUUUGGUUCCGUGGAUGCUUGUUGUUGUUGAAGAUGUCGCCACUGUCCUUGUGUUCGGUUAGUGGCUGGUUUGUCCACAACGCGUUUGUAAAAAUGCUGAACCUUUUUGUUGUAAAAUCAUUUCUUUCUAAGUUGUUUAUAUUUGGUGGUGAAUCAUCCCGUGAUGAGUUUUAAGUUUGAAAACUUAAGUGACGUGGCUUUUCAUCGGUUCGAGUGUCAAAGGGCGUCUGUUGGAAUACUUAAGGAAAAAAAGAACAAAGGGUAUUGGCGCCAAAACCCAAAAACCUUCCCGCCGUUUAUAAUUAUAUUCCCUAAAUUGUUUCAACGUUUCACCAAAAAAACCCAUUGAAAUCAAAGCCACCAAAAACCCUUUUUUCAAACAAAAAAAAUAGAUGAAAAUCUACGGGUUGUAGAACAAUGGAUGGUGACAGGCCGAUGGACGAGCCAGCAGGCACCGCAGGUCGCCGCCGUGGCCGAGGAGCGGAGGCGGAGAAACGUGCUGGAGCCCUAGAACGCUUAAGAGCCCUACGUCAGGGCGGGCGUCGCUCCGAUUCCUCCGCACCUGCUUACUACAUCAAGCUCGAUGAGCCGGUGUUCGAUAACUGCGACGAAAAUGCUUACCAGGAGAUCGUGAACAAGAGGCGAAAAGAGGCUGAAGAUUUCAUUGAGAACGAUGAAGAAUAUGGAGACUUCGGCUACGGUGAUGACGGCAACGAAGUUGACUGGACUCGGGCGAACCAUUAUUCGUCGUCCGAUGAUGGGUCUGAAGGUCUAAGAUGUUCGAGGAAAAAAAAGGUUGAGAAAAAGGACAAAAAGGAAAACAACAACAACCAUAGCAACAGAGUAAGCAAAAGUAGCGCUUCGUUAUCGGCAGCGGCAGCAAUGAUGGGGAAACAGAGGGUUUCUUCGAUGUUUACUUCAUCGACUUUUAAUAAGAAGAGUAAAGAAACUGACAAGGUGAAAUGCGAAAGCAUUGUUGAUGAUGUGAUCAAGCAGUUUGCCCCUGAUGAAUCUGAUAGGGAACGCCGUAGGCGAGGGCAAACCAAUCAUUUGGCUUCUGUUAGGCCCUCCAAAGUGGCUCCCACAGUGGUUAAUUCCGUUAGGAGUGAAGAUGAGUUAGUUUCAGAUAAAGGUUUGGAGGAAUUUGUUGAGGAGAAGUAUCCCGAGAACAAUGUAGGAGCAAUUGUGGAAUUUAGCAAGAUCGAGGUCAAGGAAGUGGAGCCUGAGGUUGAAAUGAAGGCAGAGGCCAUAAAGGAGAGGAAGGAGGAGAAGGGGGAGAGCGUGCAUAAAUUGAAUGCAAAAAUUUCGGAGGAGAAGAAGGAUGAGGCUUUGAGUGCAAUGGCGGGGUGGAAGGCGCUGAAGAGUGAAGGGGAUGGCAAUGUGAGUGGCUGUGGGGAAGGGAACAAUGGUUUUAGUGGUGAAGGACAAUCGGAGUUUAAGCUUGACGUGGAUGGUUCAUUGCCAUUUUACAUACUUGAUGCUCAUGAGGAGUUUUAUGGUGCUAAUAUGGGUACCCUUUAUCUCUUUGGGAAGGUCAAAGUUGGGAGUGGAUACCAAAGUUGUUGUAUUGUUGUAAAGAAUAUGCAAAGAUGCGUUUAUGCAUUCCCCCACAAUUCUAUAUUUCACAAUGAUGAGAUGGUGAAACUAGAGAAAGAUGCAGAAGAAUCGAAGAUAUCUCCUUCAGGUUUCCGAACAAAGUUGCAUGAUGUGGCAUCAGGGUUGAAGAAUGAAGUUGCACAACACUUGUUAAAUCUUAAUGUUUCAAGUUUUACCAUGGCACCGGUUAAGAGACAAUAUGCAUUUGAGAGAUCUGACAUACCUAUUGGGGAGAAUUAUGUGCUCAAGAUUAACUACCCAUUCAAGGAUCCACCACUUCCAUUAGAUUUGAAAGGAGAAACAUUCUGCACUCUGCUUGGGACUCAUAGCAGUGCAUUGGAGCUUUUCCUUGUUAAAAGGAAGGUAAAGGGACCUUCUUGGCUAUCAGUUUCAAAGUUUUCUACCUGUCCAGCUACUCAGAGGGUCAGCUGGUGCAAGUAUGAGAUUAUUGUUGACUCUCCCAAAGACAUUAGGAUUUCAACUUCAUCAAAGAACACGACAGAAAUUCCUCCGGUUGUUGUUUCAGCGAUAAAUUUGAAGACUAUCAUCAAUGAGAGGCAGAAUAUAAAUGAAGUAGUCUCAGCAUCCAUUAUCUGUUGCCACAGGGCUAAGAUAGACACUCCCAUGUUGGCUUCAGAAUGGAAGAAACCUGGUCUUCUGAGUCACUUUACUGUUGUCCGUAAACUUGAUGGAGGCAUAUUUCCAAUGGGGUUUACCAAAGAGGUGACAGAUAGAAACUCAAAAGCUGGAUCAAUUGUUUUAGUCUCUGAAAGCAGUGAAAGAGCUUUAUUAAAUCGACUGAUGAUCGAGUUAUACAAGUUGGACAGUGAUGUUCUUAUCGGGCAUAAUAUAUCUGGGUUUGACUUGGAUGUUCUCCUGCAUAGAGCCCAGACUUGCAAAGUGCCAAGCAGCAUGUGGUCCAAAAUUGGCCGUCUGAAGCGUUCUGUGAUGCCCAAGUUAACAAAAGGAAGUACCAUCUUUGGGUCUGGAGCAAGCCCAGGGAUCAUGUCCUGCAUUGCUGGUCGUCUUUUAUGUGAUACGUAUUUGUGUUCCCGUGACUUAUUAAAAGAGGUUAGCUAUUCUUUGACACAACUGUCAAAGACUCAGCUGAACAAAGACCGCAAGGAGAUUGCUCCACAAGAUAUUCCCAGAAUGUUCCAAACAUCUGAAUCGCUCAUGGAACUUAUUGAAUAUGGGGAGACUGAUGCAUGGUUAUCUAUGGAACUAAUGUUUCAUCUAAGUGUUCUUCCCCUUACUCGCCAGCUGACCAAUAUUAGUGGUAAUCUCUGGGGAAAAACUCUCCAGGGUGCUAGGGCACAAAGAGUAGAGUAUCUCUUGUUGCAUGCUUUUCAUGCAAAAAAGUACAUUGUGCCAGACAAGUCUUCAUCACACACAAAGGAAAUAAAAGUUACAAAAAAGAGAAUAAAUAAUAGUGUUGAGGAUGGAAAUAUGGAUGAGGUGGAUAACAAUGAUGUGAAUUUUGAAGAUGAAACUCAUAAUGAACAUGGGAAAGGCAAAAAAGGUCCUGCCUAUGCAGGCGGAUUGGUUUUGGAGCCAAAAAGAGGACUGUAUGACAAAUAUGUAUUGCUGCUGGAUUUCAAUAGCCUUUACCCUUCCAUUAUUCAGGAAUACAAUAUAUGCUUCACAACAGUUGAAAGAUUUCCAGAUGGAUUAAUUCCCCGUUUGCCAUCUAGUAAAACAGCUGGGGUUCUACCUGAGUUGCUGAAAAAUUUGGUUCAGAGAAGGAGAAUGGUAAAGUCAUGGAUGAAAAAUGCAUCUGGUAUCAAGGUCCAGCAACUUGAUAUUCAGCAGCAAGCACUAAAGCUUACUGCAAAUAGUAUGUAUGGAUGCCUUGGGUUCUCCAAUUCAAGAUUUUAUGCAAAACCUCUUGCAGAGCUUAUAACGCAACAAGGAAGGGAGAUUCUACAAAGUACUGUUGAUCUUGUUCAGAAUAAUUUAAACUUAGAGGUAAUCUAUGGUGAUACAGAUUCUAUUAUGGUUUACAGUGGACUGGAUGAUAUUGCAAAAGCAAAAGCAAUUGCAGGAAAAGUCAUCCAGGAGGUAAACAAGAAGUAUAGGUGUCUAGAAAUUGACCUUGAUGGCCUGUACAAGAGAAUGUUGCUCUUGAAGAAGAAAAAGUAUGCAGCUGUGAAGGUACAAUUCAAGGAUGGGAUGCCAUAUGAGGUUAUUGAGCGCAAAGGUCUUGAUAUGGUUCGUCGUGAUUGGAGCUUACUGUCAAAGGAAUUGGGAGAUUUCUGCCUUGGUCAAAUCUUGUCAGGAGGGUCUUGCGAAGAUGUUGUUGAAUCAAUACAUAACUCUCUCAUGAAGGUGCAGGAAGAAAUGAGGAAUGGACAAGUAGCACUUGAGAAAUACAUUAUCACAAAGACAUUGACUAAACCACCUGAAGCCUACCCAGACGCCAAAAAUCAACCUCAUGUUCAGGUGGCUCUCCGAUUGAAGCAAAGUGGCUAUUCUAAUGGUUGCUCGGCUGGUGAUACUAUUCCAUACAUAAUUUGCUGUGAACAGGGGACUAGUUCAAGCAAUUCAACAGGGAUAGCUUACCGUGCCAGGCAUCCUGAUGAGUUGAAAAAAGAUGAGGGGAAAUGGAUGAUUGACAUUGAUUACUACUUGUCACAGCAGAUCCACCCAGUCAUAUCUCGUUUAUGUGCUUCAAUACAAGGAACAAGCCCAGAGCGGUUGGCUGAUUGUUUAGGACUUGACUCAUCGAAGUUCCAAAUUAAAUCAAGUGAAGCUGUCAGCAAUGACCCUGCUAAUGCUCUCUUGUUUGCUGUAGAUGAUAAGGAGAGAUACCAGGGAUGUGAGCCAUUGACCUUGUCAUGUCCGAGCUGUUCAGGCACUUUUGACUGCCCUUCUGUCUUCAGCUCCAUCUGUAUAAAUGGUGAGAAGCAAACAAAAAUGCAACAAGAGAAAUCUACUUGCAAUUUUUGGAGCAAGCUGCGCUGCCCCAAAUGUCCAGAAGAAGGCGACAUGGGUAGAAUGUCUCCUGGAAUGAUAGCAAACCAGGUCAAACGACAAUUAGAGGGGUUUAUUUCAAUGUACUACAAGGGCUUAAUGACGUGUGAUGAUGAGACCUGCAAGCACACCACGCGAAGUCUCAACUUACAGCUGGUUGGUGAUUCUGAGAAAGGAACAGUUUGUCCUAACUAUCCUCGCUGUAACGGGCGUCUUGUUAGAAAGUACACGGAAGCAGAUCUAUACAAGCAACUUGCAUAUUUCUGUCAUCUCUUGGAUACCACACGCUGCAUAGGAAAGAUGGAGACAAGUGCGAGGAUACCUCUAGAGAAACAGUUGGCCAAAGUUCGGCCAGUGGUUGAUUUGGCUGCUUCUACAGUUCAAAGAAUUCGAGACAGAUGUGCCUUUGGUUGGGUGCAGCUUAAUGACCUCAUUAUAACAAUUUGAAUCACGUUUAUUUCUUCUUAUGCCUUAAAUAUUUAUGUAAAUUUAAAUCUUGUUUUGAUUUUCUUAUGCU